AACCAAAACACCCGGAAAUUCUCAUGUAAAAACCAGGCUUUUGGAACAGCGCCUUUGAAGCAGGGUAGAGCGAAUGCCGUCUCUAACUGGAUGUCUAUGUGAAAGAACUGUGUUUGAGGUGGGGAGAUGCCGGUGUUAAAGACGUACUGAUUCGUAAAUUUAGAAAGUUGUUUAUCCCUAACUCAGUAGUUUUUUUUUUUGUUUGUUUUUGUUUUUGUUUUUGAAGCUUCUAUUAAUCGACAAGUGAAACGGGAACAAAACUGUUAGCUCCGGUAGAAUGUUUGAAGUUGUUCACUCACUCCACGGUUAGUGGACCUGUAAUAAGUGGUGACAAAAAAAGUUAAUGGGUCUCUGCAGAAGGAAAAUGUGAAGAAGAAAAGCAUGGAAGUUAAGAUGUUAAAAUUCAUGCAAGAGGAUUUACGAAGAAAAUCAAACUGCCUAGGUUGAAUCCUAGCUUCGUGAGGCUAAGUACCUCGGUUUUCAUUCUGUAAAUAAGGCCGCCUAGAGGUAGUUUAAGGAUUAAAAGAGUGAAUAUAUGUAAAAUAGGAAAAGUAGAAAAGCGCUAUUUUAAUGUUCUUCUUGUUAUAAGAAUACAGCGUUACUUCCGUACGAAUUGUGGCUGAAGAAGUAGGUUUCCUUUCAUUACAAGUAGAUUCAAAACCUGAUUGUAAUAAAGACUUUUAAAAAGCAUGCGUAACAUUCUAAAAUGCGGUGAGCUGAAACAAUAUAAUAUUGAAGAACUGCCAAGAAAGAACUAUUGUGUUUCAAACCAUCAAAAGAGCCAGAUUUUGUGUUUGUAUGUUGCUCGUUGGGUUAUUUUUGGUGGAUGUUGCCAGGAGAGGCAGAGAGAGUGCUCUGUGUGGAUCUGCAAAAUGUUUCAGGCUGCAUGUACCAAGUAGUUCAGACGGUUGGCUCGGAUGGAAAAAAUCUUCUGCAAUUACUUCCAAUUCCUAAUUUCUCUGGAAAUCUUAUACCACUAGUUCAAUCUUCAGUUAUGUCUGAUGCUUUGAAAGGGAAUACAGGAAGCCCAGUUCAAGUUACUUUUCAGACUCAGAUUUCCAGCUCUUCCACAAGUGCAUCAUCAGCUCAAUUGCCCAUUUUUCAGCCAGCCAGUUCUUCAAACUAUUUAUUUACAAGAACAGUAGAUACAGCAGAAAAAGUUAGAGUUACUACUGUGGGAUCUGAGACUUUUACCUCAUCAGUUUCUAAAGUUCAGAGUCAUGGUGUGAAAAUUGAUGGACUCGCCAUGCAAACAUUGGCUGUUUCUUCCUCCUCAACACAAAAUGAUUCAUCUUAUAUUUUAGUAAAUACUCAGAGCCUCCCAAUGACUGUGAAACCUCCAGUUUUGCCUUCUGGGCAUCAUUUACAGAUUCCAGCCCAUGCUGAAGUGAAAUCUGUACCAGCGACGUCAUUGCCUCCUUCAGUUCAGCAAAAGAUACUUGCAGCCACCACCACAAGCACCUCAGGAACAAUUGAGGCCUCCCAGAUACCAUCUGUUAUUUACGUAUCUCCUGUAAAAACAGUGAAAAAUGUAGUUACCAAGAACUUACAACACAUUUACCCAAAACCUGCUACAGAAGUAGCAAAACCAGUGAUGCUAAAUGCCACACACCUUCCAGUGAAGGUUGCAAGAGAGACCCAGUUAAAAGGUGGUCAGCACUCUCAAGCUGCUCCAGUGAAAUGGAUUUUUCAAGACAAUCUACAGCCUUGUACUCCAUCUCUUGUUCCUGUUAAGUCUUCAAAUAAUGUGGCUUCACAGAUUUUAAAAAGUUUUGUAGAAAAGAAAAGUUUGGGAGAUAAUACUAUAAAUAUGCCACCAUUGAGUACCAUCAGUCCUAGUGGGGCACAAUCUAAAAGUAUGCCUAUUAAAGAUAAUGCUUUGGUUAUGUGUAAUGGGAAAAUCUAUCUGUUGGCUAAAAAGGGGACAGAUGUUUUGCCGUCACAAAUUGAUCAACAGAAUUCUGUUUCUCCUGAUACUCCACCAAGAAAAGAUGUAUCACAGAUAGUGAGUUCAAGUCCAGUCACAGAAAUAUCCAGAGAGGUUGUCAAUUUUGUUUUGGCUAAAAAUAAAUCUUCCCAGAUGGAGACAAAAUCACUUUCAAACACCCAGCUUGCUUCCAUGGCCACGCUAAGGGCAGAGAAGAAUAAAAAAGUGGAGACACCAUCUCUUUCUAUCCUAAACCCAAAUAAUCUGAACCCAUCCAUUAACUACUUAAAACAGAGUAAGACUUUAUUCAUAAAGGCAGACUUUCCACAUGGACUUAGUACAGGACAAAAUGCCCCCCAAAAAGAAAAUAUCAUCCAGAGCAUAGAGAAAAUAAGUUCCUCUGUUGAUGCAACAAGUAUUACUUCACAACAGUGUGUUUUCAGAGACCAAGAACCAAAGAUCCAGAGUGAGAUGGCAUCAACAUUAGGAAAAGUUACUCAAGAAAGAAAUGACAAGAAAAAUUCUCAAGGAGGAAGCAAUAAGGCAUAUCUGAAGACUGAUGCUGAAUUUAAAAAGCUAUUUGGUCUCACUAAAGAUUUGAGAAUAUGCCUUACUCGGAUUCCUGACCGUUUGCAUGCUGGAGAAGGUUUUGAUUCCUUUAGGAGUUUGGUGAAGAGUGACAGAGAGACAAAGUUUAUAGUGAAGGAGGAAGAGAGAAAACAGGAUUUUGAUAAGAAAAGAAAAGCAAAAACCAUUAAGAAGAUGGAUCACACAAAGAAGAGAAAAACCGAGAAUGCUUAUAACACAGCUUUAAAUGGAGGAACUAAUGUCACCAGUUCCCAACUCAUUAGCUGUAUUUUACCAACUUCAGAUGUAUCACACCAUAACGUCGUUACAACCUGCAGCAAAACCAGAGAAGACAGGAGAACUGAGGUGGAACACUGUACCCGUGAGAACCAGGAGAAAGCUGCAUUGAGUUCAAAUGCAGAUUUUGGACAAAGUCAUUCCUUUACUAAAAAUUAUACUGAAGAUAUUUUUCCCAUGACACCACCAGAGUUAGAGGAAACCAUUCGGGAUGAAAAAAUACGAAGACUUAAGCAGAUGCUGAGAGAGAAAGAAGCAGCCCUUGAAGAAAUGCGCAAGAAGAUGCACCAAAAAUAAUAAAAUGUUGCUAUACGUAAAGACUUCAGUGAAUUAGCUUCGUUUUUACCAUAUGUUUUUGCAUUAAGUUAACUAACUAUAGAUGCAUUCUGAAAGUGUCUUUGAAUAUGAAGUUUGUUUUUUCAUCAGUUGAUUAUAAAAUUUUGUUUAAGGAAUGCAGAAAAGGUUGAUUCACAUAUAACUUCAAUAAUCUGCAUGGGAUAUCUAAAGCUUUUUUUGGAAGGAAAAAUUGUCUUAAUUUUUUGUUUGUUUUAUUUUUAACUAGAAUUCCCCAAGUUUGAAUAUUCGUGCAGGAUUUUUGUUAUUGUUUGUAUCUUUAGCUAAAUUGCUCAGGUAUACUCUUAAAAUUAUACAACCCAGGAGAAGAAAUCAGCUCCAAACUUAGCUUUGCCACUGGGAUUGUAUAUGUACUCACUUAGUCCCUUUAUCCAUGAAGUGUUGAUACCUUCUGCUCAUCAUUGUAAUUCUUUUUUAAUUUCAUGGAAAAGAUGUAUUAUAGCAGCAUUAUUUAAAAAUUUAAACAUUUCUUAAGACUGAGGGACACUUGUUUUGUAACUUUUACAAAAUAGCUUUAUAUAACCCAAAAUGAAUUUUAGAAUUCAGGCUAUAUAAUGUAUUGUUUACUUAACGUGAUAUGUUAUUUCUAGGCAAAUGCUUCUUUUUUGAAAUAUGUAAGUUGGACUGUGUAAAAAGUAAAUAUGAACAAUGACCACAUUUAAUACUUUUUAAAGA